GGCCUGAACGACCGCUUCGCCAUGUUCAUCGAUAAAGUCCGGCAUCUGGAGCAGCAGAACAAGAUGCUGGAGAUGGAGCUGGUGACGCUGCGGCAGAAGCAGGGCGAGCCAUCCCGCGUUGCCCACCUCUACCAGCAGGAGCUGAGGGACCUGCGGACGCAGGUGGAGGAGCUGAGCAGGGACAAGAACCGCAUCCUGAUCGAGAGGAACAACAUGGAGGAUGAGCUGCAGAAGCUCAGUGGGAAGUGCGACGAGGAGAUGAGGGCACGCGAGGAAGCCGAGCAGACCCUGAGGUCCUUCAGGAAGGACGUGGACGACGCCACGGCCGUCCGCCUGGACCUGGAGCGCCGCUUGGAGUCGCUGAUGGACGAGAUCGCCUUCCUGAGGAAAGUGCACGACGAGGAGAUCCAGGAGCUGAGCUGCAUGAUGGAGGAGCAGCACGUCACCGUGGAGCUGGAGCUCGCCAAGCCGGACCUCACCUCGGCCCUAAAGGAGAUCCGCAGCCAGUACGAGUCCAUCGCCUCCAAAAACAUGCAGUCGGCCGAGGAGUGGUACAAGAGCAAGUUCGUCAGCCUCAGCGAGCAGGCCACCAGGAGCAACGAGGCCAUGAGGGCCAGCAGAGAGGAGAUCAGCGAGUCCAGGAGGCAGCUGCAAUCCAAGACCAUUGAGAUAGAGAGCCUGAGGAGCGCCAAUGAGUCUAUGGAGAGGCAGAUCUCAGAGAUGGAAGACGCACACGGCGUUGAAGCCACGGCCAUGCAGGACACUAUCGGCCACCUGGAUACUGAGCUGAGGAACCUGAAGGGUGAGAUGGCCGAGCACCUGAGGGAGUACCAAGACCUACUCAAUGUUAAGAUGGCCCUGGACAUAGAGAUCGCUGCCUACAGGAAACUGCUGGAAGGGGAGGAGACUCACUUUAACUCGGGGAUGUCGUUCGGUGCUGCCGGCUACGGCUACCAGCCCCGGGCCUCGGCCAACUCCUCCCGGGGCAGCCAGAGGGAGAAAGACGGGGUCAUGAAGGAGAGCUUCAAGGAGAGCAGCGAGGAGAAAGAUGAGGCAGACAUCAACUCCAACAACUGAAGGAAGAUAGACAGGCAGAUGUGGUCAUGUGCGGUGUCUGCAUAGUGAGUUCAUAGUCGCAUGCUGUAUUUAAGGACAACGCAUUUUGGAAUUGGAGCCAAAAGUCAAUAUUUUGGGGGUGAUAAUCAAUGCCUUGUUCUUCCUGGAGCAUGUGUGUCAGUCUUUAGAGGAUCUUCGGAAUCUAAAACGAGGAGUUUGUCAGCAUUACAAAGUUGUAAAUGUUCAACUCUAAAAAAAGAAAUCUAACAUGAAAAUUUUGACCAAAUGUCCUGUGCAUCUCCAGAGGAAAUGGAUCAUGUCGAACCAAUUAGGACAUUAUUAAAUAUGCGACGAGAAAUUGAAAGUUCUGGGGACGAAUUUUACUGACAUGUGAGAGAAAGAAAAAAAGAUAGAGACUUGAAUGUUAGCGUAGUUCCACGUGUCUGUUGUUGCAGCAUCUUUUCAUGUUGUGCUAUGACGUUGAACUUAAAGAGGUAAACUGCAAUGUGAAUAGCAACAGUCUCCUUAUAAUUAAUAAAGCACUUCAGGGUGUGUGGAGGAUGACCGUGCGUUGCAUUUCGUGGUUGCAUGACAUUACAAAGUUUAGAUGUGCUCUGCGUUGCUAACAUAACCGCUGCAGUAUUCUGUGUUGUAAUAGCCAUC